AUGGUUCCUGUAUGGCUACUCACCGUCACAGUAGCAGCCACUUUACUGUUAACAACACCAACAGAAUCCCAACCAGAAGCAAAUUUCAAAUGCGCCACCGAAAGCGCCACGUGUCGGAGCCUAACCGACUACACUUCCACCAACACAACAACCUUGAACGAAAUCGCAACCCUGUUCGGCGUCAAACACUUCCUCGACCUCCUCGGAGCCAACAACCUCCCAACCAACACCACAAACACUUACAAAGUAAUCCCCAACCAAGUCAUCAAGGUUCCGUUUCCGUGCAAAUGCUUUAACGGAACCGGUAAAUCCAACAAUUUACCGCGGUACAAAAUACAACCAGGUGACACGUUAAGCCAUAUAGCGGCGAUUCGUUUUGCCGGUUUGAUGAAGUAUCAACAGAUCCAAACCGCUAAUAUUAAAAAGAUACCGGAUGCUAACAAUAUAACCGCUGGUGAUACGAUUUUGAUUCCUUUGCCUUGUAGCUGUGAUAAGGUGGGUGGGAGCAGUGUGAUGCACUAUGCACAUCUUACGGAAAAUGGUACUAACAUUGAUAUCAUUGCUCAAAAAUAUGGUACAACAUCACAAACUCUACUCUCAAUCAACGGUAUUGAGGAUCCUAACAAACUUGAAGCCGGUCAAGUUCUAGAUGUUCCUCUUCCAGUUUGUAACUCUAAUGUGAGGAAUACUUCGGUGGACUUUCCGUUGCUUGUACCAAAUGGGACUUAUUUCUAUACUGCCAAUGAUUGUCUUAAAUGUAAAUGUGACUCUGCUGGUAGUAGUAACAACAGCAAUUCUAUGUUACAAUGUGAGGAGUCCGGACUAAAACCGAUAAAUCAUUGGUCGGUUUGUCCGUCUGCAAAAUGCUCCGCCAGUGUGUUGAUUGGGAACACUACAUCUACUGAUUCGUGUAGUCGGACGUUUUGUGAUUAUGUUGGUUAUACUUCUCGCAAUAUCUCUGUAGUUCUUGUAACUCAAAACACUUGUGCAGUGGCACCAAGUGGUUCAGGUGGUUCGGAUUCAGGGGCAUCUAGGAGCAUCUUGAAUGGCUCGGUUUGGAUCAAGCUUCUCAUUCUCAUUCACUUCCUUCUGUUUUUUGUUUAUCAUUUGUAG